AUGGCGUUGGAUCCGCGAUUCUAUCAUCAUAUCGGCCAUGGCGGGCCUGGUUCUAUCUCAUCAGCCACUUCGUCCGAAUCGUCCGCCCUUACCGGUAUCACUUCGCCAAGCAUAAUAUCCACCUCCGCUUCAGCCGCCACCUUGCGAUCAACCGCCUCAAGUCCCUCCCUCCGUGCCCGAGAAGGCGUCGCCGUCACACCUGGAUUUCAAGACGGGAUGGCUAGUCCCUCACCAGGGGGAAAUGUGCGCGUCGUCGUGCGUGUUCGAAAGUUCCUUCCUAGAGAAAUUCAACGCCAGGCAGAAUGUCUGAUCUCGAUGGACCCGCACACACAAAUGACACGUCUUAUCGCACCCAAACCCAGCCUGGUAGAUCGCGGAAAGCCGAAAUCGCAAGCGCGGGGCAAGAUCCUGGAGGACAAGUCGUUUACUUUCGAUAAUUCUUUCUGGUCGCAUGAUGAAGAGGACGAGCAUUUCGCUCACCAGGAGGAUGUCUACAAUUGUCUUGGUGAAGAGUUCCUGGACCAUAACUUUGAAGGAUACCACACCUGCAUCUUCGCAUAUGGCCAAACUGGUUCUGGAAAGAGUUAUACUAUGAUGGGAACCCCCGAGCAACCGGGUUUGAUUCCUCGCACUUGCGAAGAUUUAUUCCAACGUAUCGAAGAUUCGCCAUCCCCUGACAUCAGCUAUAACGUUCGAGUUUCUUACUUUGAGGUCUACAACGAGCAUGUGCGAGAUCUUCUAGUGCCACGAACAGAUCCGCCUCAUUAUCUUCGAAUCCGAGAAUCUCCUUCGGAAGGACCAUAUGUUAAAGACUUGACCGAGGUUACGGCACGAAACUACAACGAAUUGAUGAAAUUUAUGCGGAAGGGUGACAUGUCGCGUACCACCGCGAGUACUAAGAUGAACGACACUUCAUCACGAUCGCAUGCCGUUUUCACGAUUACACUGAAACAGAUCCACCAUGACCUUUCCACCGACGAGACAACAGAACGUACUGCACGAAUUCGACUGGUAGAUCUGGCAGGCUCUGAACGCGCCAAGUCGACCGAAGCCACGGGCGCACGUCUACGUGAAGGCUCUAAUAUCAAUAAAUCUCUGACAACGCUAGGCCGAGUUAUUGCAGCUCUGGCAGGAGAUCCCAAGAAGAGUCGCGGUGGAAGGAAAGGCAAGGAGCUGGUACCAUACCGUGAUUCCAUUCUGACAUGGCUAUUGAAAGAUAGUCUGGGCGGCAACUCGAAAACAGCCAUGAUUGCUUGUAUUGCGCCAGCUGACUAUGAGGAGACACUUUCCACGCUGCGAUACGCCGAUCAGGCCAAACAUAUUCGUACUCGCGCUCGGGUGAAUCAAGAUCAUGUCUCUGCGGCUGAACGAGAUGCACAAAUUGCCGAGAUGGCAGAAACUAUCCGCACUUUGCAACUGAGUGUCAGUCAAGCUACGGAGAAUCAACGCGCCAGUCAAGUACAAGACGAGAAGCUUGAUGAAUAUCAGCAGAAAGUGGAGAAGUUACAGCGCUUGAUGGAGGAGACCAAAAUGGUCAGCGAGUGCAAGAUUCGUCAGUUACAAACUGAGAAUGAGGCCUUGCGUAUGCAUCUCAAGUUAGCUCUGGAUAGUCUGAAGAACCCGAUUCCAGUAGUACCUCUGGAAAAGCGCGAGCUCAGCUUUUCCUCAUUUUCCGAGGAAAACAUCCCACCUCAUGACGAGCCUGUCUCUCGGGAGGGAUCACAUAUCAUUCCUUCAGAUUCUGAGCCCGACCUUUGGGAAGACGAAGAUGACGAUGACGAUGACGAUGAUGAUACUAUCACCUGGGACGAUAGUGAGCGCGAAGCAUAUCAUAUGCAAUCUCAUAUGGAAGAUCUCCUUGGCGAUCUCAGCAUGUUUAAGCGGAAACUCGCCUCUGAUCAUGAGCGCUGGCAGCGCAAAGAACAAUCGAUGACUCUAAAGCGACGUGCCCUGGGCACUAUUGCUGGAAACAAUCGCUAG